GUGAUAUAAAACGUAACUAUCUUUGUUAUAAAUUACUCAUUGACGUACUUCAAACUUCUAUCUUUAACUAGUGUACAUAUUUACUUCAGUUGUUUGGAAACCUAUAAAAGUAUCAAAAUAAUGUGAAUUGAUGUUUCAGGAUAAUAAUUUUUUGGAUAAUAAUGAACAAAGUCAACAGAAAAUUACUGAAAAGCCACAGUUUUUGCGACCCGUCAAGUAUUCAAACGCCAAUACAAGCAAUUCCUCCAAAAGAGCUUUAAUUGAGGAAACAAAUAUACAAAGGGAUAAUUUACUAUCAAGUUAUUCGCGUCUUUUUGAAUUAGAAGUGAAUUCCGUAUUAUAUCCAAGCAAUCAUAAAUUUUUUUACAGCCUACCAACUGAAUCCGAAACUGGGCUUGUUUAUAAAUAUGAUCCACAUAUUGAAUUGGAUUGGAUGAUUAAAAAGCAACUACCUUCAGGUCAUCAAAGGGACGUCUUUCUAGUUACAAGUUCAAAAGAUUCCUCCGAAAGGCAACCUCUUAUAGUAAAAAAGCUAUUGUGCAAUUCCAAGCCCAAAAUUUUAUCUACUUCUUUCAAAGGGUUUUUACAAGAAAUUAAGGUAUUGUCUUCUUUACGGCAUCGUGGAAUUGUUAACCUCAUCAAUUAUUAUCUUUCUCCGUCAGAUAUUCUAUUAGCAGAAUCAUUCUAUGAAGGAGGUGACCUUUAUGAAUGCACCAGAUUCAACUAUUCAAGUUUUUCUCCAAAUUUUGUAGCUAGGAUCUUUGGUGAAAUCGUUCAGGCUGUCGCUUUUUUGCACGAUCAACUUCUUGUGCACCGUGAUCUAAAGCUGGAAAAUAUUUUAUUAACUAAAAAAUAUAAAGAGCUUAAGGGUGCUGAAGAUUUGAAGUCUUUCCGGUUUCCGUUAAUCAAAGUUUCUGAUUUUGAAUUCUCUAAAUUUGUCGAUAAAGAAAAUCAUAUUGUACAAUCCGAGUACGGAAGCCCAGAAUACGCAGCACCGGAAGUUUACCUUGGUAUUGCCCAUGACGGAUAUAAAGCUGAUUGCUGGUCACUGGGUAUCCUUUUAUUUGCAAUGAUGGAGGGCCGCUUGCCUUUUGACGCUGUGCCGCCCUUUGAAGAUGAACCUCAGGUACGUAUCAAAAGAUAUGUUCAAAGGUUGGUUCGUCUUAGUUAUAGUUGGAUUCGUUGUAAACCAUUGGAAGAACAGGAGCAUGAAGUUGCUGGAUGUUCCAUUACUCGUUUGGAUACAUGGAUUGAAGCACGCGCUUUAGUUCAAUCAUUACUUAUACAUAGGGAUAGUCGCCCUUACUCUGAAGAACUACUAAGGAAUUCAUGGAUUAAUGAUAAUUUCAAGUAACCUGUAGUUUCAUUAAAUAAUACGACGUUACGCUCUAGAUACUUAAUUGUUACUAUUGUAAAACUCUACAUUUACAACAUUCAAUAACUGCC